AUGCCAUCAAUGGUUCCUUCACGUAGUGAACCAUCACACGUGCUAAAUUCAAUCAUCAUCUCUCCAUCGGACACGGAUUACAUUGAUCAAUUGAUCCCAUCAAUCAGAGAGUAUAGCGUCGGCAAUCGAACGUCUCAAUUAUUACAGUCGUUGUCCAAGUUCGCCAGCGAUAGAGAAGCCGAGAUAGAAACCAUCUGCAACACAAACCAUCAGGAAUUUGUCUCUUCAAUCAAUCAACUUCUACGUAUCAGAGAAGGAACAGUGAGCUUGACCGCGGAGAUUCUAGACCUAAACCGAUCUAUCCAAGCUAGCACCGAACGGCUCGCCGAACAGAAGAAGGCCCUGGUAGAGUCGCGCAGUCACCGACAGAACAUUGAUGAGACCUCUCGUGCCAUCCAGGACUGCUUGGAGGUGCUACGCCUGGCUAAUCAAGUUCAUGAUCUGCUAGCCAAGAAGAAUCACUAUGCGGCCUUACGGGCGCUCGAGGAACUCCAAAAUGUGCACCUCAAGGACGUGACCCAAUAUAAGAUCGCCGAUAUGAUUCAGCGUUCAGUACCAGCGACCCAGCGAGCGAUAGCGGAGGCCGUGUUAUCAGAUCUGAACACUUGGCUUUACAGAAUCCGAGAGAUGUCUCAGUUCCUCGGAGAAAUAGCCCUUUACCAUACAGAAUGCCGGAAGACAAGGCAAAAGGAGAGGGCAGAGAAACUAUCAUACCUCAGACAUUUCAGACUGAACUCUGCUAUUGAGCUGGUUUCGGAUGAGCACGAAGAAUAUGAUUUAUUACGGAACGAAGAACUGCAAGUUGACUUCACCCCACUGUUUGAAUGUUUACACAUCCAUCAAUCACUGGGGCAGAUGGACAAGUUUCGGACGGAGUACGCUACUACCCGUCGCCGACAAAAGGAGCUUCUAAUUCCUGCUUCAAUAACUCUGGUUGACGAGGACGGGGCUUGCCUACACAACCUCCUAGAAGAAAUGGCAGGCUUUGCCAUCGUAGAGCGUGCUACCAUGAAGAGAGUGCCAGACUUGAGGUCAUCCGUCGAUGUCGAUGAGCUCUGGGAUUCAAUGUGCCAGACUGCCAUGGGCCUCAUUUCAAAAGCGCUUCCUGAAGUUGAUAAUGCUGAGAGUUUGCUGAAAAUCAAAAAUCUUGUUGCAUUAUUUAUGCAAACAAUGAAUACAUGGGAGUUCUCCGUUGGAACUUUUGACGAAUUGCUCUUGACUCUGUUCAAGAGAUAUGCCGAGCUUCUCAAGAAAAGAUUCAGUGAUGACUUCCAGGAGAUCGUAUCCACGGACGAUUAUAUGCCCAUGCCGAUACAAUCGCUGGAUGAGUACGACAAGGUCCUCAAUGUCAGCUGGUACAAUCCUGAGAAGCCAAGGGAGGAACAAGUGUACAUCCACGGUCUCGAUUUUGAGAUUUGUGUUCUCUUCACUAACUCAACUAGGUUUCCAUGUGUUCUGCCAUUUUCUCAGAUGUAUCCCUUGUGUUGCAUCGACAUCCGCAACUUCUUGAACCAGUUUUAUUUCUUCGCCAAUGAAGAUUUCUCGCAUCCGCAUAUGAUUGAUGAGACUCUCAAAGAUGCUUUGGAUGAGCUUCUUUCAAACCAAGUUUGCGAUACGCUUGUUGAACGCCUUGCUUCGCAAUAUUUGGGCCAGAUUGUUCAGAUAUUAAUCAAUCUGGAGCAUUUUGAAUCAGCGUGCCGUGAGCUCGAGGAGCUUCUCGCCGCGGCUCGAUCCCAGGGUGCUGCAGGCGGUCCGAUAUCCUUGAGAGCGACGGAGAAGUUCAGAAGCAACAAAAAGUCUGCAGAAAAGCGAAUUUUUGAGGUGGUCAAUUCCAAAAUUGACGAUCUCAUUGAAACUGCAGAGUAUGACUGGAUGGCACUCACCCCUCCGACAGAGCCCAGCAACUACAUGCAAACGCUGACCCGUUUUUUGUCCAAUAUAAUGAACUCAACAUUGCUCGGUCUCCCAACAGAAAUCAAGGAACUCAUAUACUUCGAUGCUCUUAGCCACGCGGCAAACAUGAUCUUGGCGCAACCGCUCUCCUCAGACGUAAAAAGCAUCAACCCCAAUGGAGUGAUGGCCCUUGCGAAAGAUGUUGAAUAUUUGUCUCAGUUUGUUGACAGCUUGGGCGUGCCCAUUCUUCGGGAGAACCUCGACGAAUUGCAGCAGACUGUGCAUCUAAUGCAGGCGGAUAAUACGGACGAGUUUUACGAUAUUUCUACAAGAAAUAAGAAGUAUGGCCGCGUGGAUGCUAUCAAUGGCCCUAUCCUCUUAGAAAAACUUACGCGCACUGUUCAAAGUCCAGGAAAGAUUGAUAAGUUCACAACGCUUUCCUCAAGGUUCGGCAAGAAGUCUUGA